AUGGUUCCUGUUUUGAUUGUGGCAGCGUUGAAAGGUUGGAGCAGGUAGCUAGCUGCCAGAUUAUUGUUCUCAUUUCAUCAUCAUCUCUUUUUUUUAAUGCAUACCUGCUAGAACAACAUCAGUCAAUUAUAAUUGACUGUCUCAUGACUGUACACACGUGCCGGCAUGGACAACCGCUGUUAUUGUUGUGCAUCAAAGUUCAGUCUCUUCAAGAAGGAGCUCGGCUGUAAGAGCUGCGGCCGCUCCUUUUGCUCCAGCUGUUUGACUUUCAGUGCUGUGGUGCCUCGCUGUGGCAACACCCAGCAGAAGGUCUGCAAACAGUGCCAUGGUAAUCUGACAAGCGGCGAAUCUGCAAACAAUGCUGGAAAAUGGUCUCCUCCUGAAAAUUAUAAAAAACGGGUCGCUGCACUUGAGGCCAAACAGCAAGGACAGUCGGCACAGCCUCUUGCACAUGGAGGCAAUAGAAACAGUAAAGCAGGCUAUAUACCAACCAAAGGCCUGAGUAAAGAAGACCAGGCUAUUGCUGAAAGACUUCAAAAGCUGAAGGAGGACACAAUGCCAAAGUCUGUCCCCACUCAGAAAGAGCUUGAGUCUCGCCUUGCUGCUCUGAAGGCUCCCAGCCGGCCUGUGCCUUCUACAGGGGAGAUGGAGGACCGUCUGGCAGCUCUACGGGGUCAACCUCCUCCAUCUCAAGCUCCUCCACCUGUGCACCAGCCUCCAGAUAACAGGUCUCAGACUGAACAAGCCAAUGAUCUGAUUACUCAGAUGGCAGACGAAGUUGCCAUAGACAACCAGCAAUCAAACCCUGAAUGCAGUGUAGAUGGUCGUAUGAAUGAUCUCAAUAAAGGGGAGGGGGGGACGUUGGAGGACAAUUUGGAGGAGAACCAGGAGGGGGUCAAGGACCUGGAGGCUGAGAAGGCACGUAUACUGGAGGAAGCCAUGGAGGAGAUGAAGAAGGAGCACCAUUCACAGGAUCAGGUCCUCCACAUGGCCAAGAGGCUAGCGCAACUGAAGGGGCAGGACCCAGACAAAGUUACUAUGAAGGACUUUCAGCAUCCUGACAGUGACGAGGAGACUGAGGAAGAAGCUGUGAUGAGAGUCUUAAAGCAGCUUUCUGAAGAGGCUGCAUUGGAUGAAGCCAGUGGCUACAAUAUACCUUUAGAACAGAGUGGGCCAAAGAACACAGAGAAGAAGAAAACCUCUAAGAAGCCGACCCAGGCACAAAGGAGCAGGAUUUCACCAGCUGCUGUUGCACAUCAGCCAUCAGACAGCGAUGACGACGAGCUUCCAUGGUGCUGCAUCUGUAACCAGGAUGCCACCCUUCGCUGUCACACCUGUGAUGGAGACCUAUACUGCAACCGCUGCUUCAGGGAAGGCCAUGAUAAAUAUGACAGGAUGGAGCAUCGCACCGCUAACUACACUGCACCAAAGAAGAAGAGGAAGACAUGAUAGUGAGACUGUGCUGUAGUUGUUUGCCUUAACAGGCUCUAGUCAGUCAUCGCUGUUAGACUUGUGCUUUAGACUUAAGUGACCUAUUAUUGUUACUAAAACUGCUUCUCAGAAGAUUUAAACACUACCUAUUAUCUAAAGCAAGCUAGAACCCUACACUUUAACCCCAACUUAUCUUCUCCAAUCUGUCCAAAGUGGCUAUGAACAUGCAUCUGUGUAGACCACAGGAAGAGCAGCAUCUGCUUUCUGUAACUACUAACAGAUGAACUAAACACAAUAAAAAAACAAAACAAUGGGCAACAUAUAGGGCAAAGCAAGUACUAGAAAUAGAAAUAAAGGGUAAUGUACAUGUAAUAAAAUAUGUAUAAUAUGAAAACCAUAGCACCUAUUUUUUCUGUAAUGUAUAAAAAUAGAGGUGAGUGAAGGCUGCUAGACGGUGUUUAGCAAAUACGGCACAGCUUCUGCACACGGAAAAGUUUUAAACUGUCCAACUGAAUAAGAAACUUGAUGUGUUAUGUCACUUAUUCUACUUCCUGAAGGAAACAAAGGCUCAUCUGAGAUGCAUUUUGUGCUUGUCAUCAUUUGAUUCUUUUUUUAUUUUGUAUCUUUUUUAUUUUACAACAUACAGAAAGUAGAUCAUGAGCUCAUCUGGGAUGAUGUACAAUCCCAGACUACUGUCAGCUCUAGGAUGAAGAAGCAUAGAGGAGCCAGUAUAAAAGGAUUACUGAGGGCUUUGUUUUCUUUUGGCAGGCACUGCAGUCACUCCUGUAAUCUGUUUGGCUGCCAGUCUGACACGAGUAUUGCCUUUCUUGUCCGUGUGUGUAAUAUCAUUAUAAAGGAUGCAAAA